ACAAAAAAAUAAAUAAUAAAUUUCUCCUGCGCAUGUGCACUUUUAAAAACCCGGUAACCUAAAAGUGAAACGCUACUUGUUUGUUUACUCCAAAAUUAAAUAAUUUAAUUAGUUAACAAUAAAUAAAAAAACAAAGUUUUUGUUAGUAUAUUUAUGAUAAAUUUGGAAUUUUCUGUACUUAUCAACAAUGACGGAUACUGAAAAUGUUGGAGAAUCAAUGGAAGUUGAUGAAAGUCCUGGUUCAUCAAAGGAUACUCAAGAAAUUUCUAAGACUAAAUCCAAAGGAGCACUUUUGCCAUGGAUUGAAAAGUACAGACCGCAGACCUUUGAUGACAUCAUAGGAAACGAAGAUACUGUAUCCAGACUAGCAGUGUUCGCGAAGCAUGGAAACGCUCCUAACAUUAUAAUCGCGGGUCCACCAGGAGUCGGAAAAACCACCACGAUUUUAUGUCUGGCUCGCGCCCUCCUCGGACCAACGCUGAAAGACACCGUGCUGGAGCUGAACGCGUCCAACGACCGCGGUAUCGACGUCGUGAGGAACAAGAUAAAAAUUUUCGCGCAGAAGAAGGUCAAUCUUCCGCCAGGUACUCACAAGAUUAUCAUUCUGGAUGAAGCUGACAGCAUGACUGAGGGAGCUCAGCAAGCUCUGAGACGUACUAUGGAGAUCUUCAGCCACACCACUCGCUUUGCUUUGGCUUGCAAUACCAGUGAAAAGAUCAUUGAGCCUAUUCAGUCUCGCUGUGCUAUGCUGCGAUAUGGGAAACUUACUGAUGCCCAAGUUUUAGCGAAAAUCCUUCAAGUUUGUGAAAAAGAAAAUGUGUCUUAUACAAAUGACGGCUUGGAAGCAGUUGUUUUCACUGCGCAAGGAGACAUGAGACAAGCGCUGAACAAUUUACAGUCAACUUUUAAUGGAUUUGGUCAUGUCAAUAGCGAGAACGUCUUCAAAGUCUGCGACGAACCUCAUCCGCUGGUUAUAAAAGAAAUGCUGGAGCUCUGUACUCAGGGAAAAAUUUCUAAAGCCUACGAUGUCCUCAGCAGCUUGUGGAAACUCGGAUACUCUGCUGAAGAUUUAAUCAGUAAUAUCUUCAGAGUCAGCAAAAAUUUACAAAUUGACGAGACAUUGAAAUUAGAUUACAUAAAACAAAUCGGGAUUACGCAUCUGGACAUCCUGGAUGGAAUCAACAGUUUGCUGCAACUCAACAGUCUCCUAGCUCGUCUCUGCCGCCGUUCAUUGUUAAAAUAACCCCAUUAAUUCUUUAACUAUUUUCUCUAAUAAAAUAUUAAUUAAUGGCUGUAUAAAAUGAUCAUACAGAAUUGAUAAAUUAAAAAUAAAAAAAUAUUUAUUAAA